AUGUCGACCGCUACCAAGGACCAGCCUUCGAUCCUCAAGUGGGCCAACGACAAGACGGGCGAGUUCAAGCGCCAGGUCUCGUCCUUCCGUGACGUUAUCUCUGAUGAGCCUGGGUCCAAGUUUGUUCCCGAGGCGAGGACGGCUCACCGCACGUUGCUUGUCCGCGCGUUGAAAGGACUGGAGGACAUCAUCUCGCUGGAUGUUGUCCACUGGCACAUGCAGGAGAAGGGCUGGCCCUUCAAGGACGGAUAUGAGGACUCGUUGUACGGAGCCAAGUUUGUCCGCGAGAUCUACUUCAAGGCCCAGCCUGACUAUGCUGGUCGGUUCACUGUUCCCGUUCUUUGGGAUAAGAAGACCGAGACUAUUGUCAACAACGAGAGCAGUGAGAUUAUCAGAAUGUUGAACACCGCAUUCGACAAACUGGUCCCCUCCAAGGCCGGCAUCAACUACUACCCCGCCAACCUCCAGACCGAGAUCGACGCCACCAACGAAUGGAUCUACGACACCGUCAACAAUGGCGUCUACAAAUCCGGCUUUGCCACCACCCAAGCCGCCUAUGAGAACAACGUCUACCCUCUCUUCAAAUCCCUCGAUCGCAUCGAAGACAUCCUUUCCAAGGCCGAUUACCUUGUUGGAAACACCUUGACCGAGGCCGACCUUCGUCUCUGGACGACCAUUGUGAGAUUCGACCCGGUUUACCAUGGACACUUCAAGUGUAACAUCAAAGGGAUUGAGAAGGAUUACCCUCACAUUUUGAAGUGGACUAGGAGGAUUUAUCAGUUGCCCAAGAUUGCGGAGACGGUGAACAUGGAGCAUAUCAAGAACCAUUAUUAUCAGUCCCAUUUGCAGAUUAACCCAACUGGUGUUGUCCCCGCCGGAAACGGACCUAACCUGGCCGAGCCCGUCAUCGUCUAA